CCACGACAUCCCGUCACGUCACAGGUGAGAGCGAGCUGCACAGAAAGAUUUUGCGGAAUCGCACUCAGCUAGCGAAAUUUAUCAGCAUAAUUCGACUUAUUUGUUGGCUGUGAUAGGAAAAGAGACAAUGCGCCUUUAAAUAAAAAUGUUUCGGCAAAGGACGAAGUUGGCGCACAGGGUGGCUGCACCUCAGGGCACAAAUGCUUCGCCAGCCCAAAAUGCAGCCCCCAUCGCUCAGCAUCCGGGUGCCCCUACACCGCCUACUUUUUACAACCCCAGCGCAGUGGGUGCUCCGCCUGCCCCCUCACCCGGACCAUCAGUUCAACAGCAGGGUUGGCAGCAGUCGCCUCAACAGCCGGCACCCCCUCAGCAGACCGCGUCAACUCAGCAACCCCCGCUGCCCCAGCAGCAGCAACAACAAUGGUAUCCGCCUCAACAACAGCAAGCUUCCCCAAAAUACCCACAACAGCAAGUUCAAUCUCCCACGCAAAACAAUAAUAACACUGGCCAAGAGUGGUGGAACAACUGGGAUCAGCAGCAGGCUCAGUGGGAACCUGUAGAACAGCAGCAGCAGCCCAAUCAACAAUGGAACCAACAGCAGUCAUAUCAGGCCUACGACAGUCAGAACAACUACAACUAUGACUAUAAUUAUCAGCCGGGCGACCCGUCUCAGGCUUACCAAAAUCAGGCACAGCAAAGCUAUCCAGGUCAGCAGCAGUCAUACCCCCAACAACCGCAACAAAACGACACCUGGAACUGGGGCUGGAAUCAGGGCAAUCAGGAUACGUCCUGGAACUGGGAAGACAAAGAUUUGGCUGCUGCUCAAGCUCAGGAAGCAGCCACCCAUCAGAAAAUGGAGCAACUCGAAAAGCAACUGGCUGACGUAAACUUGAAUGAGAUUGGUGAAGUGCGAGAAAGUGCGCCGCCCCCGCCGCCUCCACAGAUGCAUCAAACACCUCGACAGUCUCCUCAAGUGCACCAUCAAACCCCUGUUCAGCAACCGCAACCUCCUCCUCCAGAGCCGGAGCCUUCUCUUCAAGAGGUGACUCUCCCAGAAGCACUUAGUGCUGUCGACAACUUGGAAGUUCCUGAGCAGCCUCACCAAGGGCCGCAGGAACAGUUUUCAGCAAAUCUAGAAGUGGAGCCGGAUAAUGAAGAAUCACCCCAAGAUGCUGUCAUGCCGCCUCCAGCGGCUUCUCCACUGCCGCCUCCACCACCAGUUUCAUCUCGUAUGGCAGUUGGACAGGAUGAUCCAUCUCCAUGGCCUAGUGUCAUUCCUCCACCUGAGAACUUGGAUCAGCAGCGACCCCACCCUUCCCAGUCCACUUCGCCGCCUCUCCCCCCUCCGCCUACAAAUGAAAAUGUUGACCCUGUCUCAGCUAGCGAUCGCAACCAGUUCCUCGAAACUGGACAGCUGAGUGCAGAGUUGUCUAAUUUACGCACUGUGACGGGUGAGAGUCGUCAGAGUCCUGUGCCUGGUGGUCCAAGAGUUGUGCCUGGAACAACAGAGCCUGACGAGCCAAAUGGUCAACGCAGUGAGACAAUAGGUUCUGAAUGUGAUGAACCGGCACCUCCUGCCAUCCGCACCACUGGUGAGGGUGUAGGACAGCCUCCUCCAAUUGCUGCCCCUCCUUCAAUCGCUCGGACAAGUGCCGAGGGAGACAAUGAGUCUCCACCCAGGCCAAUUCCCAAAAAGCAACCCAUGCGACCUACCGAAGGCCGAACAAAUGCCGAGGGCACCAACGCCGAGCCACGAAGGCCGCCGCCCCAAAUUCCUGCUGCUUCAAGGGCUGUUUUGGUUGGUGAGCAGAACUCUGCAUUCAAGGAUGUCAGUAGGCGAGGAGCUGAAGGAGAGGCAACUCCGGAAAGAGAUCCUGCACCCGAGUCUGAAUUGGAAGAAGGUGAAAUAUCAGACCUUGAAAUUAUUUCUGGAGGUGAAUUUGAGCACGAUGAGCAAGAAGCUGAAGAGGAGGCUGCCCAAGAAAAAAGAAAAGACAGCAGGCAGCCAACACCUCAGUCGCCACCCCAGUCUCCACCCUUGGACAAGAAAGAAAGACGUAGAAGAGAGAGGGAGAGAAAGGAAUCUGAUGAAAGACGCUCCGAGAAAAAGGUCGACAAAUCAAAAGGAAAACCGCCCAGGCCUGGCAAGGAGGAGCCAAAAAAGAGGUCGGAGAGAGACAGGGAGUCUCAGCCAAGAAGUAGACGCAGGAAAGAUUAUGAAGACUAUGAAGAGGAAGACAGUGACAGCAACCACAGUGAUAGGGGCCGGAGGUACCGUGGAGAAAGGUCCCCAGACAGAAAGCAUUCCUCUUACAGAUCCGGACGUCAUAAGGACUAUUACAGAGACCGAGAUCGUGAUAGGGAGAGAGAACGAGAUGGAGUUCGUGAAAAAGAUGACUAUCGGUCCCAUCGAGAUUAUAGAUACGAGGAUGAUAGAUAUUCAAACAGAGAGAGAUCCAGGCCACCUAGCAGAGCAGGUUCUGAGGCAAGAAGAAAUGAUUAUGAGUCGGACCAUCUAGACCGAGGAAGGGUUCGAAGCUCCAGAGAUAAGGCUUAUUACGAUUAUAGAGACCGCUACAGACGAGACACCAGGGAUCCAUACUAUGGGAGAGUUUCUAAGAAAGAUACUAAGAAACCGUCUGGGGCUUCUGCCAAAGGAGGAUAUGAUUACUAUGGACGACCUUAUGACUCUCACCACCAGCACUACCCUAGAGGACCUCCGUCCUUGCAGCUGCAAUUCCCUGAAUACAAUCUUCAAACUGCUGCCUACUACGAGGAACUGCGACGCACCAACCCUGCCGCCUAUGCCGAGUGGUAUCGUCGCUACAUUUCCAUGCCACCAAGCAGCCAGCAAGGACCUGGAAGUGGCACCAUUGAUGGCUUCAACGAUGACAACAGCAGGGGUAGUGUCCAUUCAGGACGCAGCUCAAUCAACGAUGAAAUCAGGUUCCUGCGUGCGAGAUCGCCGGCCCACAGUUUGCGUGACCUUCCCCUUACCCCCUUAUACCUUCGUCAAGGUCCGCCGUCCCUCCCACCCUCCUACAACCCUUACUAUCCGCAGCAAACAUUACUUAACUCUACUCCUUCUCAGGCAGGUGCCAGUGGCGCAAAUGCUAUUGAACGGCAACCCUCUCCUGCUCCGAUCCAGAGGCUGACUCCAGCCAAGUUUACGAGCGCUCACCCAGUGGCUAAAAUCAGUGGCCAGGGCCGCCUUGUACAUGUUUUGCCCCACUACCCUCGCGAAGGCCAAGUGGCAACUGUUUUGGUGCACGACCUGCAGACACUGCUGGCCCACGACCCAAUAAACUCAGAACUCCGAUCAUUCCCAGGACCCCUUGUCAAGGGCACCACUCACAAGAACAGUGUCAUCCAAUUUUGCAGUCAAAAAAUCAGAAAUGCCCAAAUGGAUCCUGAAAUGCUAGAUAGAGACUCGUACAUUCUCUUGUGGAGACUCCUGAUUCUUUUGCUCAGACAAAAUGGGACUGUUGUUGGCGCUGACAUUGCCGAGUUGCUGUUAGAAGACUCCGACCUGACCAGGAGCCCACAUGAUUCCUCCCGGAGCGAUUCUUCCGACUCUGAGGAUGAGUCUCGAGCACCUCGAUCGCAAAGCAGACUUUCAGAGAAUCAACUAACCGCAAAAUUCCGGCAGUUCCUCUUGUUUGGUAACACAAAGGAAGCUCUCGACUGGGCAAUGAAGCAUGGCCUUUGGGGCCACGCAUUGUUCCUUGCAUCCAAAAUGGACGCUCGAACUUAUGCCAGUGUCAUGACGAGAUUUGCAAACGGGCUGUCACUAAAUGAUCCUUUGCAAACUUUGUACCAGCUUAUGUCUGGAAGACAACCUGCUGCGGUCACAAGUGUGUCAGAUGAGAAGUGGGGCGACUGGAAACCACAUUUGGCCAUGAUGCUUUCAAAUCCAUCAUCUCGUUCUGACCUUGACCACAGAGCCAUUACAACUCUUGGCGACACUCUUGCGGCUCGUGGUUGUUUAUAUGCAUCCCAGUUUUGUUACUUAUUGUCUCAGCUUGAUUUUGGUACUUUUGGGCAGCACCCAUCACCAAAAUUGUGUCUUCUGGCCACUUCAGCUGCUCUUCCGCUUGACUCGUUUGCCACUAUUGAAGCCAUUCAGUGCACCGAGGUGUACGAAUAUGCCCGACGUCUUGCCGAGCCCUCAUACUACGUGACUUCUCUGCAGCCUUUUAAGCUGCUCUACGCCGGUCAUCUCAUUGACUACGGGUACUCAACUGAGGCACUUCUGUAUUGCGAAGAAUUGGCCAACACUCUAGUGAUGCACAAUUCAGCCGGACCAUUGGCUGCCCAAGUGGCCGAGCUUGCUGACAAACUGAAGCAAAGCGAUCCAUUAUUUAGUCCUACUCAAGAGGGCGAGGAAGUGACGUUUUAUUCCUCGGACCCGGAAUGGUUGAGUUCCUUGAGACACCUAGCGAUUCAAAAUGUUGAGCAGUAUGAGGAUUACUCAAGCCAUCCACAGCAGAGUCAACAAACUGAUCAGCAACCAACACCAGACGAGACUGCCUACCAAGAGCAAUGGCAACAGUACUAUUACCAGCAAUCGCAAUGGCAACAGCAACAGCAAAACCAGGCUGACAACACUGUCACAACUGAAACAACUGCCAUUGCUUCAGAGACAAUGACGCAGCAAAACAACUACUGGCAGCAGCAACCAUGGUCUGCUACAGAAGAGAGUCAAAAGGCACCAACUUCGGAAACACCUGUCCAUCAGCAGACAACUCCUCAACAUAUGACGCCUCAGAUGUCUGUUCCGCAGACCCCAGAGCCAAUUGCGAAUUCGACCCCUCAGCACAGCUACAACUACUGGGACCAGUCUAAUCAGCAAUCAGAGCAGCCAGAGCCAAACAUCUCGCUGGUUCCCUCAAGGCGUCAGCAGACAUUGUCUGAGUCAUCUUCAGAGUCCAACAAACCUGCCGCUUCUAAAACUCCUACGACCCCCCUGAAGAAGCCACAGCAAGCGCUAAAUCCUGGCCAGGAAGGCAGUGGCUGGCUUGGAGGUCUACUGAGCAAGAUCUCGCUCAGGCCCAAGAACCAGAUGAAACUUCCAGAUGACAAAAAUCCUUCAAUUGUGUGGGAUGCAGACAAAAAUAAAUGGGUUAAUAAAGAUGGAGAUGGUGCAGAAGUUGGCGGCGACCUUCCUCCUCCCCCCAAAAUGAAUCCAAGAAUGCAACCCAGUGCCUCCAGCACUCCGGUCUCAUCUCCAGUCCCCAACAGUAACAACAACACCUCACUAUCAGCACCUCCAGCUGGAGGCUCGGGAUACAAACUUGGACGAAACAUGAGGAAAAACUAUGUAAACGUUCUACAGCAGAAUGGAUCUGCAGCAUCGAGCCCAUCUGCUGCACCCACAGACCUGUUCCCUGGCAUGGGCGGCCCUAAAGCUCAGCCCCCAGUUAAUCUUUUUGUGCCUGCUCCAGUUGAGGGGGCUGCUUCGUCAGAAUUUUUGACGCCUGCUUCGUCGCCAAUGACUUCGCCAAAUUCUGAUUCAGAGAAUUCAGUCCAGCAGGCGGGCCCUGUGAUGUACAACCCUGUCCAAUUUGGCGCCCAGCAGUAUCAGUAAUGUGAUAGCCGCCCCCAACGUCUCCGUCUCUGUGAGGCUGGAAUUGUGCGACACUCAUGUUUGAUUGGAGUGAAGAAGAAAAUUUUAGCCAAUGUUAUACGUUUUUGUUGGUGUGUGGUUGGUGUGCAAGACUCAAUCUCCCAUUUUGUUAUUCUACAAUGUUUUCGUUACAUGAGAAAUAAUAACUAUACAUUAUAUAAAUAUAUAGAAAAAGUAAUUAAAAGACGCGCGCGCUCUUGCUGAGGGAUUGACUUAACUGAGAAUUCCACUUGGACUGACCGCCCAAAUGUUCUGGGGUCGCGAGGCAGAAAUUGCUUAUCUGAACCUCGUGCUUCGUCAGAUUUACGCUCUAGGUGAACUGCUUUAUGAUUAUUACGCCCUACACACAGGUUGUUGUAAAUUAUUGGAUAUUAAAAAUAAAAUCAUUCUUCUUAGAUA